AUGCGUCGUCAAGCGCUCGAUGCCCCUGGUAGCUACUGCCGACUUGCCGACACCUGCCCGGAGGUCCUAGGCGCGAGGCGCUGCGGGCUAGUGGCCAGGGCCCUGGAGGCAGGAGGCCAGUGGUCCCAGGAAGCCCUCCAAUUCGCGUGCAUCGCGGCGGACUGCAAGGCCCGGUCGGCGCCCGAACUUCUGCGCGCCUCAGUAAAGGCAGCGUGGAUCCAGUGGUGGACAGGCCUCGCCUCGGUGGCGGUGCAGCGGGCCUUCGCAGCCUCCCUGCUGUACCUGCCCCUGGACGGCCUCGCCUGCGACGGCGACGAGCCCUGGUUGCAAGACGUCCUGGCGGACGCGCGCCGCACCGAAGCCCCAGUCCCUUGCCGCAUGCCGGCGCGCCCCUGA